GGAGCGCGCUCCUAUAUCCGCCGCUAUGUGUCCUCCUUACAGAUAACUCUUCGUUAGCACCGCCGAAAACCAACAUACAGAUUUGACAGGUACAUCUGCCGAAGUAUAUGUCCUAUCAGAUGUUGCAAGGGUGAGAUGUGUCAGGGAGCGUUAUCGAUUUCAUUAUUGAAGAUCGCCCUAUCGUCUUUCCCUGCCUGUUUUAAUCGAGGCAUAUGCAACGAUGGUCCGGUCAAGGAACUUUCUCAAACAGGUUCCAAGGUUGUUGUCAUUCACUGUAAGCCUCCAUCUCUCUGCUGCCUUUGGCCGUCGCCCCUAUAACCCUGGGUCCCUGCCUGACCCUUCCUCGUACAGAUGGUCGCAGAGGAUAUAAAUGACCUGAGCCCUCCGCCCAUCAUGAUCAACAUCAAGAACUUCCAUCAUUCCAUAUAACCAUUCACCCAUACAAAAACAACUAAGAGGCCUUCUCGGUCGAAAAUUUCAAAAUUAACAUGCAGAUCAAGCUUGGUACCGCUCUGAUGCUGGCAACUUCUGCCUCAGCACUCCAGGUUACAUCUCCUAGCAGAGGCGACAAGUGGGAUUUGACUCACUCAAACGAGGUAACAUGGGAUUCAGUCGAGUCCGAUCCUACUUCAUUCGACAUCCAGCUAGUCAAUGAGCAUGUCAAUCCCCCUGUCGUCAAGACAAUUGCCACCAAUGUCCAGACCAGUGCCGGUUCCUACUCAUUCAGCAACGUGGCUGUGGACAUCGGUGACGAUUACCAAAUCAACCUAGUCUCGACCGAAGCCCACAAUACCGGUAUCCUCGCCCAAUCCGCCCAAUUCGACGUCUCCAACGCCGCCAGCAACAACAGCAGUAGCAGCACCUCAACAGCAUCAAGCACAUCUACUACCUCCUCGUCAUCCUCCUCCUCGAGCACUACUGCUUCCACUGCUACUACUACAUCUAGCUCAAGCGCUAGUUCCUCUGAAAUCCGUACGAGCUCAAGUAAGACUGCUUCACUUACUUCUACUUCUACAUCUCCUAGUGUUUCAGCUACUCAUACAGGUGCUGCUGCUACAGUUCCUGUUUCGGUUUUGGGCUGCAUUAUGGGGAGUGUUUUGGCGCUUUUGAUGUGAGGAUCUUGCCGGUUUUUCUUGUCUUGCAUACGUGGUAUGAGAUUGGAUGGUAUUACUUCAUACAUCUCUGGCGAUCUCAUCACUUUACGAAUCUGCGGAAUGCUCUCCUGUCACAUUCAUUUACUUUUAUUCAUUAACAUCUGCUACUAGUGCUAGUCAGGGAUUGACAUUGCUUCGCAACUAAUACAGUCAUCACGGGCCGACUCGUUAAAAAAAUAACAAGUAUUGUACAUGACCUCCGUAAAAAAAAGAGACCCUGGGAAUAUCCGCCUUGAAUGUAGAAAAAGCCUGUGCACCUAUCCAUUGGAUAAUCCCCGACCUGACUCCGAGAGAUCGCAAAAAACAUGAAAGAAAUUAAAGUCGUAAUCAUACAUGCAUGAAGAAGAAAAGAGGUCGGUCCCCAAAAAAAAACAACAAAAAUCGUCGUAUCAUCACAAAAAAGCCGCCAAGAGAAAAGCCAAUGAACUUGAACUGGAGCACGACCAAAAAUCGUCGUAGAGCAAAAACAAUCCCGAUAAACAGAGAGCUGCCAUUAGUACUCGUCCGAGAAAUCUAUCACAUUCUCCAUCAACUGUCCAACGCGGAUUUCUUUUGUGUGAAUUACUUGACACGCUUCUUCGGCUGGUAUUGGUUCAUCAGCAUGACAACAUCAGACAACUCAUUGCGCAAAGUG